AGGCACAAUAGAGAUUGAAGAUAACAGAACAAUAACAGAACAUAUAAACAAGUGGAACAAUUGAGAUUGAAGAGAAAGAGAAUAGUAGAAGAAGAUGAAGAUAUUACAGGCACAGUCCUAUACAACCACUACAAACCCAUUUUCAAUCCCAACUCACUCUUUCAUCACUCCCAAAUUAUCCAUUCCUGUAAGGCAUGUGGGUCCCACUUUCUCCUCCACUCUCCAACAAUUCUCCAUCACAUGUCGCCGCCCAUAUCCUUUCCAACCCAAACAAUCCCCCCCACCACCAUCACCAUCUUCUUCAGUUGGAGAAUUGCCAGCAAAGAUAUAUGUUGGUCACUCAAUUUACAAAGCAAAAGCUGUACUCACUGUGUCUCCUAGACCUCCACAAUUCACUACAUUGAAUUCAGGGUCAGGGGCAUUCAAGAUAUCUAAAGAAGGUUGUGUCAUGUUAGAGUUUGCUCCUGCUGCCGGUGCCUAUCAAUAUGAUUGGAACAGAAAACAGGUAUUUUCGCUAUCUGUGGAUGAAAUCGGAAAUCUAAUUAGCCUUCGUCCAAGGGAGUCUUGUGAAUUUUUUCAUGAUCUGUUUAUUGGAAAAAGUGAUGAAGGUAAAGUGAGAAAAUUUUUGAAGGUGAAGCCACUUCUCGACCGUUCUGGUCACAUGUUUAACAUAAGUGUUGAAAACAAGCUCGAGAACAUAAACGAAAACAUAUUAAUCCCUGUCACAAAAGCAGAAUUUGCAGUUUUCAAUUCACUUUUCGAUUUUAUCAUGCCAAGCCUUUUAGGUUGGAAUGUCUUUGCCAACACCAUAAAUCCAGAAGUAAAUAAUACAAAUCAAGGAAUAGAAGAAGAUUUUGAAUGGAACAAAUUCAACAGAAUAAUGUGAAGACAAUAUAGGAAGUUUCAAUUACACCAUCUUGUGUGAUCUUAUCAACUUUGAAAUGUGUUAUAUUAAAUCACUUCAUUCUGUUAGCUUAGAAUUUCAGAAUUUUUUUUUUAUUU